AAACAGGCCUCUACUCCCUCACCUGCCCUGUGACUUUUGGGUGGAGUGGGAGCAGCCUUGCACUCUCCUUCCUCUCCAGGAGAUGCUCGGACUCUGGUCCUUCCAGCAUCCUCCAUCCUCAGCCUUUCUCUCCUCCCUGCAUCCUCUGUUGGUACCAACACUGGUUCUGAAGCCUCUGAGUGCUGCGAGGAUACUCAAAGCAGCAGCGGCGGGAGGCAGCCAAGAGCCUCCAUCGUGGCUUGGUGAAGGAUGGCUCAAAAAGACCAGGUUCCACUGGAUACAGAUUCAGGAUUGGACCAGCAUCUGAAAAGAGUGAAGGAGGAAGAGGUACCAGAGAUGUAUGCAAAGAGGCAGAAGGUCUUGCCUCCUGCCAACGCCUCGCCUGGAAAAGGUGGAGAGAAUGGACUCAGCCCUCCUGCAGCCAGUGAGGAGGGUCUGGUGAUGGACCACAGAGUGGGAUGUGGCCCCAGUGUGCCUGCCUUUGGGAUCUGCAGAGCCCCGAUGGGAGAGAUGCCCCACUGGUGCUUGGAAUGUGGGAAGAACUUUGCCCAAAAGGCAGAGUUAGAAAAGCACGGUCUGAACCACACCGGGCAAUGUUCAUACAUCUGCGGGGACUGUGGAAGGAGCUUGAUGGAGCAUGUUGCUCUCGCCACUGGUCAGGGAGCCUGCCUGGCAGGGAAUGCCAGCAACCACAUCAGCUGCAGGAAGAGGGUUUCGCCUCUGUCGAGCGAGACUGUCGUGCAGAGGAAAGAGCGGAAGGAGCUCUCCCUGCAAGAGAAGGUCCGGGUGCUAGAGAUGCUGGAAGGGCCCAAGGUCUCCCAGAGCGAACUUGCCAAGAGGUUUGGGGUCUCCCAGCCCCAGAUCUGCCGCAUCAUCAAGAACAAAGAGCGCAUCCUGGCCGAGUGGUGCAAGAACGGCAACCCAGGGCGCAAGCGCAAGCUAGAGGAGAAGACCAUGGCUGGUGAAGUGGCCCUUCUGCAGUGGUUUGAGCACAGGUGUGCGUCCAGCACCCCUGCCAAUGGGAUGCAUUUGCAAGAGAAGGCUGGAGAUCUCUCCAAGAUGUUCAGGAGGAAGCCAGAGCUGGAGUCAGGCCUGGGUUGGUUGCGUGGCUUCAAAGCAAGGCAGAAAGCGGCGCAUGAAAGACCUCUGGAGGAGAAAGAGAACAGCGAGGAACUGGAGGAUGAGGGCUGGGAAAGCAACGUCCUGCCCUACAUCCUAAACAAAUACGAUCCCCGUGACAUCUACGCCUGCGGGGAGGCUGGCAUCCUGUUUCGAGCUACCCCAGAAGGCCUAGCUUGGGACAGUGGAGAGGGAGACAAGGACCAGCUCACUGUCCUGCUCUGCACCAAUCUGGAUGCUUCAGACAAGAGGGACGCUCUGAUUGUCGGCAAGGCACGAAGGCCAUUUGGCUUUCAAGGGGUUGACAGGGAGGACCUGUUGCCAGUCACCUACAGAGCUGAUAGGAAGGCAUGGAUGACAGCGACCAUCUUCACUGAGUGGCUCCAGAAAUUCAACGAGGACAUGAAACGCGCAGAGAGGAGCGUGGUGCUGUUUUUGGUCCCAUGUGCGGCACAUCCCGACACUGAGCUCUCUCAUACCAAGAUGGUUUUCAUGCCUCCUGGCUCUUCCCGGAUCCAUCCUCUUGAGCAUGGGCUGGUCCAGAACUUCAAAUGCCAUUACCGGAGGAGGAUGCUUCUCCGCCUCCUUGCUGUGCUCGACAGCAGAUCCCCAGUUCCUGCAAGCGAACUCUCAAAGCACCUGACUCUUUUGGACGCUGUUCAUAUGAUAGUCCAAGCCUGGUUAGAUGUCUGUCCACAGACCAUCACAAGCUGUUUCCAAGCUGCGGGCUUUGGGUUGGCUCUCCGCAUCCCAGCUCCUCCCAUGGACGUGGUCCAAGCCCUAGGGUUCAAGGACCGGCAACAAUUUGAACAGUUUGUGCUGGUUGAUGAGGAGCUGGAUUGUUUUGGAGACCAGGAGGGUGCUGAGAUGCUCCAAGGGGUUCAAGAACCAGCCUGUGCAGCUGCAGAGGAAGAGGAGAAGGCGGAGAACUUGCCCUGCCCUUCCAAGGCAGAAGUCAUGGAGAGUCUGGCCACACUGAGGCGCUAUUUUGAGUGCCACUCGGUAUCCUCAACCGUCUUUCAGACCUUCUACAAGCUGGAGGAUGUGGUUCAUGGAAUGUCUCUGGCUAAUAUGCAAGUACUAAGGGCAAAAGGCUUGAACAGAGAAGGACUCUGAGCCGCAACAUCAAAUGUAGCUCUCUUUGAAUCUCAUGUGUGGCCCUCUGAAUCCACCCAGUCAUUUUAGGCAUUGACUAAUUAAAAAAUAAUCAUUACCUGUACAACAGCCUUUGCCAAGUUUGUGCCCUCCAUGAUGUUUUGGACUACAACUCCCAUCAGCCCCUGCCAGCAUGGCAGGGAUGGGGGGAGGUUGCUGCAGCGUCAUCAGGUGGGCUUGGG